GAAGGAGGGGGAAAGGCACCAACCAGCAGCCGCUCCAGCCCUGCCGAAGUUUCACUUUUUGUCUGUGGGUUCGCUCCCGGGCCCCGCGCGAGCUUUCCCGGGAUAAGUAGCUUAGCGAUCGGGGAGAGCCGAGCGCUGCAAGGUGGGACAAGGAGACUCGGAGUUGGAAGUGAAGCCAGAAUCCAGUCCGCCAAUUCCCAGUCCAGUGCUUUUUCAACUGUGCACUCAUUGGAGAGAAGAUAUUUUUCCUCAGCUGGCACUAGCACUUCGGUUGGCUGAACCUCCUGUCUGCUGUUUGCUCCAAGAGUCACCUGCUUGAGAUUCCAAUAAUGUCUCAUCCAUCUUGGCUGCCACCCAAAAGCACUGGUGAGCCCCUUGGCCAUGUGCCUGCACGGAUGGAGACCACCCAUUCUUUUGGGACCCCCAGUAUUUCAGUGUCUACACAACAGCCACCCAAGAAGUUUGCACCGGUAGUGGCUCCAAAACCCAAGUACAACCCAUACAAGCAACCUGGAGGUGAGGGCGACUUUCUCCCACCACCACCUCCACCUCUAGAUGAUCCUGGUGCCCUUCCAUCUGGCUCUGGAAACUUUCCUCCUCCACCACCCCUUGAUGAUGGUGCUUUCAAAGUGCAGCAGGGAAAUCCUGGAGGCAAGACCCUUGAGGAGAGGCGCUCCAGCCUGGAUGCAGAGAUAGACUCUUUGACCAGCAUCCUCGCUGACCUCGAGUGCAGUUCCCCUUACAAGCCUCGGCCUCCACAGGGCUCUACUAGUACAACAGCCUCUCCUCCAGUCUCUACUCCUGUCACAGGACACAAGAGAAUGGUCAUCCCAAACCAACCUCCUCUUACAGCAACCAAAAAGUCUGCAACGAAGCCACAGCCUGCACCCCAGGCUGGCCCCAUCCCUGUGACUCCAAUUGGAACACUCAAACCCCAGCCUCAGCCAGUCCCAGCCUCCUACACCACGGCAUCGACGCCUUCAAGGCCUACCUUCAAUGUGCAAGUGAAGUCAGCCCAGCCUAGCCCUCAUUACAUGGGUGGCCUUUCAUCUGGACAGAUUUAUGGCCCAGGGUCCCAUGGCUAUAACACUCAGCCAGUCCCUGCCUCUGGGCAGUGUCCACCUCCUUCAAGCCGGGGAGGCACAGAUUAUGCAUACGUUCCACCUCCAGGACCUCAACCCGAGCCUGGGUAUGGCUAUGCCCCCAACCAAGGACGCUAUUAUGAACCCUAUUAUGGAGGAGGGUCUGCCUAUGGGGGCAGAAAUGACUCCGAUCCUGCCUAUGGUCUGCAAGGUCACCCAAAUACCUGGAAGCGAGAACAGGGGUACACUCCUCCUGUGAUGGGGAACCAGAACCCUGCUGGGAUGUAUCCAGUCCCUGGUUCCAAGAAGACUUAUAUCACAGAUCCUGUGUCAGUCCCCUCACCACCACUGCAGCCAAAGGGUGGACACACAGGGCCUAUGGGGCCUCCAUCUAUGCCUCCUUCAUUCCGCCCAGAAGAUGAGCUUGAGCACCUAACCAAAAAGAUGCUGUAUGACAUGGAAAAUCCACCUUCGGAUGAAUACUUUGGCCGCUGUGCUCGCUGUGGGGAAAAUGUAGUUGGGGAAGGUACAGGAUGCACUGCCAUGGAUCAGGUCUUCCAUGUGGAUUGUUUCACCUGCAUCAUCUGCAACAACAAGCUCCGAGGGCAGCCCUUCUAUGCCGUUGAAAAGAAAGCCUACUGUGAGCCCUGCUACAUUAAUACUCUGGAGCAGUGCAACGUGUGUUCCAAGCCCAUCAUGGAGAGGAUUCUCCGUGCCACCGGGAAGGCCUAUCAUCCUCACUGCUUCACCUGUGUGAUGUGCCACCGCAGCUUGGAUGGCAUCCCAUUCACCGUGGAUGCUGGCGGACUCAUUCACUGCAUUGAGGACUUCCACAAGAAGUUUGCCCCUCGAUGUUCCGUGUGCAAGGAGCCUAUCAUGCCAGCCCCUGGCCAGGAGGAGACUGUCCGUAUUGUGGCUCUGGAUCGUGACUUCCACGUGCACUGCUACCGCUGUGAGGAUUGUGGUGGUCUCUUAUCUGAAGGAGACAACCAAGGCUGCUACCCCUUGGAUGGACACAUCCUCUGUAAGACCUGCAAUUCUACGCGCAUCAGAGUGUUAACCGCCAAGGCGAGCACCGACCUGUAGAUUCAGUGGUCUGUUAACAGCUUAGUGCACGGCGCUGUGAAGAAUGAAACACAAAAAGAGAUAAGAAAAAAAAAAUUAGGAAAAUGGGGACAAGGCAAUCAAAUUAUGGGAUGGUCUCCAUGAUUCAUUUACUGUUAAACUUUCUGUAGAAACACAUAGAUGAUGAGUUGUUUGUUGUUGUUGUUGUUGUUGUUUUUUUGUUCUUACCAAAUACACAACAUUUCACAUUUAAUCAUGUAGGGCCUCGAUGGGCCUUUGUUCCAAGUACUUCCACAUUUUUGCACAGAUUAUACUUCAUCCCAUUCACUUCUGCAUUCCUGUAACUUUUAAUCCCUAUGUUUGUCUCACUUUUCAUCUGGUUGAAUGGCUUUUUUUAGAGUGGUAUUUGCUGUCACACAGUUUUUCCUGGGUCACUCUGCCAACUCACAGGUGCUUUCAGAAGUCUUCAUCCUGCUACUUCCACAUUGCGUGUGACUCUAAAGUUUAGCCAUGAUUUUGCUAUGUCUUUGAAAGUGUAUUUUUUCUGUUCUCCACACUACUCAUGUCCCUUGGAGAAAAAAUACACAAUUUCUAUGUUAGGCUGUAAACAAUUUAAAUUGUAAAAUAUGUCAGUUAAAACAAAUUUAAUUUUCAACCAUCCAAAUUUAAAAUCUGUAGUGACUAUUGGUCAAGGCUCAUUUAAAAACAGUUAUCGGCCAAUAGCUAAUGAGUGGGGAAACAGAACCAAGCUUCAGUCGUUUUCUGAAGAAAGUACAGGACGGACAUGCCAUGCACAGCAUUUGUGGGAUAUGUUUGAAAAGUCCAUUAUUAUCCCACAGUACUGUCUUAAGAUUUUUCUUUUUUACCCUACCUAGAACCAAUACAGAAAAACUUGCAUUUGUAAUAUUUCCAAUACCAUUCUGCUUUUCACCUAAGAAAUAGUAAUUUUUUUUCCAAAAACUGAACACAGCCACCAAAAUUGACAUUUUCUCUAGAGGAAGAUACCCAUAAAAAACUGUUCAAAUGCUUUUUUUUUCUCUUUCUCUUUUCUUCUUCUUCUUUUUUUUUUUUUUUUUGUAACCUCCUAGACCCAGGUCUGUUUUUGUGCCACCAAUUGCAAAUCAGGGCACACAAAAAUGAAGUUGUGUGGCUUUGUUUAGUUUACAUUUAAAAAAAAUAGAGGAAAUCUUGAAAAGAAUUGUGAAAGCACAGUUUUAUUAUUCUCAUAAUCCUUCUGCAACUCAAAUUACAUGCUGCAGGAGACAUUUUCAUAUCAUCAAUGUGACAUUUAUACCACACUUGCAAAGACAAUCACUGAAAAAAAUUGUCUUUCUGAGCUAAAAAUAUGCAGAAUCUCUGCCUAGAAUCUUUAUUCAAACUCUUAUUAGCCAGCGAAACAUUUGCUUGCCAACUGCAGAACCAUAUUUAUUAAGUUCUAGCAUGUUUCAUUUAAGGAAAGACACCUAGCUUAGCAAUGGCAAGUUGCCAUCUUGUAAACUAAUUAAGUAUUUUGGGAUGAGAUUUCUUAAACCUUUCUUCGUAUCUCCCCAUGAAUAUAUACUUUUAAAUUAUGGAGUAUUUUAAAUAUACAAGAAGGUAUAAAUAAUAAUAAUAUAAUGAAUCCCUAUGUAGCCUUCCUUUAUUCCACAAAUAUCUUUUUCAUAACCAUGAAAGUGAGGGUUGUAAUCCUUGAAUUUAAAAAAAAAAUAAUUUUUAACAUGCGUGCAGAACACAAAUGAGAAAUUAUUUUAUUCAUGUUUUAAACUACAACCCAUGCCUCAGGAAUUCUUGUCAAAUUUGUUUUACUUGAAUACAAAUCAUCAUAGAAGUGAUUUUUUAAAAAAUAAGAUAUUGUUCAACUUGUGGUCACUACAGCUCAUGUAAAUUAAUCUGUGGCUUUUUUGCUUUUAUCAGCAAAUGGUUUUGUGUUAGAAGCACCAAAGUUAUAAAUUGCAAGAGCUUCCUUUGACCACUGUCCUGUUCUUACCUUCCUUCUCUUAUCUGGGAUCUUAUAUUUCUCAGAAUGUGAAAUAUAAUGAGAUCCACUUAGGGCUGACAUGUGAAUUUACGAUAAAAUUAUACCACGUCUCAAGAAUUCCCGUGCUCUAAAUUAAAGGCCAGACUGUACUGAUGCCUUUAGCAUUGACUAUUAGACAAUUGGGGUGCUAAUAUAGCCUGCUUAAGGUGAUUCAUUCAUGUUUACUCUGAAAUACUUCGGGGAAAUUGUCUUUAGGCCAAAAGCAAAGAGUCCAAUGUAUUGAGGGAAAGUUUUUAUCUCUGGAAAUGCAGUCAUAUUAUUAGAAAUUUUGCCAAAAGGGGAAGAAAUUAUGAAAUAUUUAUACUCUCAAAAUACAAUAACAUCCUACUUGUUAAAUUUAAGUUCUUAUUUAACCAAAUGUUUACAUGCCAAAAGAAAGUUUGAAGAUAAUACUGUCACAGGCCCACCACUGUGGCACUGCCAGCAGAAAUUUGCUUGCUUAUGAUCUUUAUAGUGCAUUCUUAUCACAUAACCUCAGAGUGUCUUUACCAAAGAUUUUUAAAGUAAAUCUCUUUUUAAUAUAGACUUAUACUUUUAUAAAAAUGAAUGUGCACACAGACAUAUACAAAAAUAUUUAGAUUUAGAUUUUUUUCUUUCACAAUGUCUAAUAAGGAAAGGAUCCUAUCAUAUUUUAUUUUAGGACUUCUUAAAUAUAUGAUUUCUAUUACUUCCUUGUCUUUCUAUUAAUCAUUUGAUUUAAACAAUGUCAAGUCACUCUUUACUGUUUUAGUUACAUGAAAUCUUGCCUGUAAGAGAGAGUUAAAAAAAUCAUAUUAUCUUAAGUAUACUUAUUGUCUUUUGAUGUAUUGUCUUGAUAUCAUUUAAAUACAUAAGUAAUAGAAAAAAAAUCAUAGCCUAUAGGGAAAAGUUUGUAAAAUUAUACCAGUUUUAAAAAAUAUCAAAAGCACUAAUGUUUGGUAUUUCUGUAUAAAAUGGACACAUGGAAAAGGAAAGAAAUCCCACUACUCCUUGGCCUCGAUAGACCAUUUCAAAAUAAGACUUUUUUUGCAGUUCUGAGGAUUGAACCCAGGGCUUUGUGCAUGCUGGUCAGGCACUCUGCCACUGAUUUUUACCCCAAGACCAAAAUAAGAUUCUUAAUUUUUUUUUGGAUUCCCAGCUCAAACUGACUCAAUGUGGAGUCUGUUUGCAAGCAGAUCACCUUUAAAAUACAAAAAUAAGUCAUGUGUCUCAACACAAGGUCAAGGUUGUGAGAUGCUGACAUCUUUGCAACUUAAAGAUGUGGGGUUUUUUUCCUUAUCAUUAACAUAUUGUUUUUGUGGGUGCAAUUGCUGUGAUCAAAAUUACUUCAUGGAGAAUAUGCUGAUUAAUAAGGUAGACUUGUCAACACUAACUGUUUUCUGUGAAAGAUUCUACAAAGAUGUUUAUGGUGGUGUUUAAAGAAUCUGAAACUUUACAUUAAACAACUAUUUUGUAUUUGGGUCCAGAGGAAGAAAGAGAGUGCUUUUUCAAUGAGGAUACACUAGAGAGUUGAUAGAAUAUAGACAGGGCUCUGAAAACAUAACUUCCCACCAUUUUUCUAGUUAGUAAAAAUCCUAUUAAUGUGAACCAGUCAGGAAUAACAGUGUUAUUUCUAUUUGAUAUGGUUUGGGCUUCUCUUGUCAAAUCUGUGUCGGCUGCCCCCUGAUCCUUUCAUUUUCAAGUUUUGAAGGGUGUUGGGGAAAUUAUGGCAGCUGCUAGGGAGAUCAGGGAAACACUGAUGUAACCUCACAGCCUCUCACCAUUCCUCUUGGCUUGGAAAGGCAUUUUUUUCCAUAUACAUUUCUAGAAAUAUUGCUAUUCUACCUUAGUAUUUCACAUUUGUAGUUUAAACAAGCGAUUGUCCAUCUGUUGCCUAGAGCUACAGUACAUGUGUGUUAUGAAUGAAAUAUGACAGCAUAUCCCAUACCCCUGCUUUAGCCAUCUGUAGGAAACCAGCAAACUGAAAAAGAUACCUCUGCAAAAUGUGCCUUAAGUCCAUUUCCUGGGAUGGCUCUUUUGGUGCACUUUCAUGGGAGACAAUCCAAAAGCAACCUAUGAUUGUGCCUUACUUUUAAAUAAUCUAUUUACACUACUGUAGAUAAUUCACCAGAGUCAAUAACAAAUAAUAAUCCCCAAAUCUCGAAGAUCUAUACUUAUCAAAAAAAAUUUUUUUUAAUUAAAAAUUCUAAAAAUUUAAAGAAGUCUGAACUUUUAUCUUAAUGUAGUCUAAUAGUACUUCUUCCCUCCUUUUGAAAGGACCUCAUGGGUCCCUAAAUUUUGAAAAUAUUCUUACACCAGAAGGUGACAUAUUGGAUGCUGUUAGUGUUCAUGAUUUGACUUAUUCUGGUUGUAGUUGAAUAAUCAAGACAAGGGAUUUGAAAUUGAGCCUUCCCAUCCAUUCAGCAUAUCCGUUUAUAAAAAUUGCCUUAACUUUGUCUAUUGUUUUACUUACUAGUGAACAGAACAAUUUGAGAAUCCUGGUUCUGAGAAAAUCACAAAAGUGGUGCAACCAUGAACAUUUCAGGUCAAGUUAGUUACUAGACAGAUAUGGACAGAAGGGAACUCUUCUCAUGAGGGUUAGCAGAGCUUUGCCAAAACCUUUAAAAGAUAAUCUGACCAAAGCUGCUGUGAUUGGUGAGAAUUCUGAAUCUCUCCUUCCUACCUUAAUCUUUUUCCUACAUUCCUCACUCCUUCCUUCCUUUUGCCUACUAAUGCUGCCCUAUUUGAGCUUUUCAUAAAUUAAGUCAAUGCAUUCUGAUCCUUAUGGAAUCAUGAUUAGAUUAAUGGAGGAAGGGUACCAGAAAAUAUAUGUCAUCCAGAAAUCUUUCUUUACAGGGACAUACAUUUCAGGAUUUGUUUUUUCGUAGAGUGAGAUUUUAGCUGUAUUUUAAGGAAUUUUAUAAGACUCUUGAUAACAGAAUCUCGGUAAAUUCAUUUAUGACUGGUCUAAUUUUCUACACUUUAUGCCAAGUAACCUUUGUAAGUCUAGGUUAAGAUUUUGUUUUUAAAUCCAAAAACAUUUUGACCACAAAAUAAUUAUGGUCUUGCUGGUAGCAUAUGAUUGUAUUGUAUUCUAUUGAAACUUCAUAAUUUUCCUUAUGGGAAGGAUGAACUAACAUCUUUCCAAAAUUUUAACACAUAUCAGCAUUUAGCCUAUAACUGCACUAUUAAACCUUAAUAAUUGAAUCACAAUAUUUUCAGGGGAUGGGUCAGCAUCAGAUUUUUUUCUUGGAACAUGAAUCAGAGGCAUGUUUCUUCACUACAGGAAAAAAAAAUCCUAAUUCUUUUCUCUAUUUAACUUUCCUAUUCCAUUUGCAGUAAGUUGUAGGCUCUAUUUUAUUUAGCCAGCAUGCAUAUGGCUUAUUUUGUGAAGAGCUCUGUGAAAGACAGAUUUUUAUUCAACUGAUUGAAGUUAUAAAGAAAUUUCUAAAACCUUUGCUCUUUAUUUUCUGAUUGUUGUCUAAUUUAUAGCAGUUUCCAACCACAGUAAUAAAUAACUCUACUUCUAGCCUUUCUUAAGAGCAAAAGUCAAUAUUCUCCAAUACUUGUAUAUACUAGAGAAAGAACACCCUGCAGCUAACUCCUUUGUAAUACUUUACUUGCAGUAAGCCUUUCCUACUGAAUGGCUUAGUUAAAUUUUCCAAGAUAAUCAUCCAUUUGAAGAGUGACAAGAGAAAACCUUAUUCAUCUAGCUCUAAUAGGCAUUCCCUAGCCAUCUUGUAGAAGAGCCACAAGUGCAUUUAAUCAUCUUAUCACCAAAUGUAGCUUUGAAAUUCAGUUCUCAACCCUAAGAGUAGAAUGCUCUACUAAGAAUGAGGCAAGGGUCGCCAUGUUAUCUCAUGUUAUACACUGGUAUGGAGAGUUCCAAUCAAGCCCAGACACUCAUGUUGUACCUAAAUAAAGAGAAUCAUGGACUUUGUGAAUAUCUGACUCUCCUCUGCUAUUUUCCUAAUUCCCAUUCCAAAUCUUCUUAGAUUGUCCAGUAUGGAGUACUACAUACAGCAGUCCAUUCUACCUCUGGAGCUACACAAAACCAAUCUACAGACCAAAAUCUAAUGGCUAAAUCUUUGCCUCUUUAGGUCUAAUAUCACCAAUUCUCAACUAUUCCUCAUUUAUUAAUACAACAUCAACUCCCAUUACUCUUCUGCUCCUCCUCUGAUCAGCAGAACUCCAAAAUAUUUCCUAAUUUUCUUUCAAUCUAUUUGGUGAAACUUAGCAAUCACCCUGGGUCAGGUUAUAUGAAAACACUAUGUUUAGGGUUAAAAGCAAAUGGAAUUGGAAUCACCCAGAGGGUACAAUUUUUGAUGCUGACAAAAUCAAAGUCGUUCUGAAAGUAGGAAAUAAUCUAAUGCAUGUGCCAUCCCUGAGAGUCCCACGUGGUCAAUUCAUAAAGUCUCUUCAGCCUUUUCCCUUCAGCCCUGUCUUCUCAAGACCAGGACAUUUCUUGUGUAUGCUCUCAUAGUGAAUGAGAGGAGUUUGGGGCACUUUUAAAUUCUACAUAAAUAUUUCCUGGAUUUUUUUUUUUCAUUGAGAUUCACUUCCCUUUGUUCCAUGCUCAAAUGUUUAUGCUAAGGGAUGUUGCCCUUCAGACCAAGACAAUCCCUUCUCCUAUCUUUAGGGGGCCAUAAUUCCUCUCAAGUUUAGUCUUUAUCCCUCAUUCAUCUUCUCAUUUUAAUAAUCGUUGCCUAAUCCCUGUAAAAGAAUCAGCCGCUGAGUGACUUCAAUUCAAGUCACCCACAAUAAGAUCAAACAGGUUCAAUCUGAACUCACCCAUAGAAGAGGGUGUGGCAGGAGAGUCAGUCCUUCCAGUGGCAUCUAGAAAGCUUCAUGGAUGACAUGAAAUCUGAUGAGAAUUGUAAUUUGAUUAGAAAUCUUGAGUUGAUUCACCAAUUUGAUUUGAAGUUGAAGGAAGAGUAUUUAAGGCACAAUAGGAGAGUCCUGGUGCUAAUCCUAUCUCUGCUUAAACAGCACCUCUGUCAAGGAACUCAUUACCCCUGGGGUCUUCCAUUUCCUCCUUCCUUCUAGACACCCCCUGACUUUAAACAGAACCAAACUUUGCAUCAUAUGUUCUUGGUGCCACAAAAUAAACCUACAUUAUUAUUUAGUAAAGUGUUGCUGCUUCCUCCACUUUCCUUGCAUUGUAUUUGUUUUGUUUUUAAACGAAGCAUUACUUUUUAGUUGAAUAUUAUAAAAAUCUUUAAAUGUCUCUAAAAUAGUUCAGAGUAUUGUCUGAGGGUCAGGCAUUAGCAUCUAUGAGAUUUUUGUUGGUUUUACUUUCUUAUUCAAAUGACAGACUGUUCUGAGAGCUGUUAUAUAGCUUCAUGCCCUUCCCCAGUAACUAACCUAUGAACAAUACAUUCCAUUUAUCUGAUCUGCUGCUGAUGACCUUAAAAAUGUUGGGAAAUGUCAGUGUGCAAUCUUUAACAAGGAAAAAAAUCACAUGCAAAAGGUAAUGAAAUUAUAGAAAAUUCAUUAUUUCUGAUCAGUUCUGUGCAAAAGGAUAUCAUUCUGGGGAGAUGGGGUUAUGUUAUGCUCUCUUUUUAUGUAGAAAAAUAUAUUCUUUCUUAUUGCCCUGGAUUACUAUUUAGUUGAAUUAAUAUUCUUUAGACUCUAGGAGGACAAGGACUAUGACUUCCUCUAUCCCAACUUUGCAUUAGAGAUCCCUAUAAGAGGAAUCUGCCCUCAGCCUUUCUGGGCAGCACCUGGGAGUGGCUUUCUGAGGUUUAAAAUAUUAAUUCUUGAUAAUUAGUAUUUAAGUUAUUUACUAACUGCCUUCACCCAUGAAACAACCCUAAGCGGAAGGUUAUUAAUAACCUUGUGUUAGAGGAGAAAUCUGAGGUUCAGAAUCUUUAUGUGGCUUGCCAAAAACUAGGUAGCUGUUAAGUGGCAGAUAUAUUGGUCUUGCAAGGCCAGUACUCUGUCAGGGGACAGUGUUCAUACUGCUCAUAGACUGCUGCUCUCCCUUUUAGAAAUCAUUCAGAGAUGUUCACAGAGGCCAUGUAGCUAUCAGUGGCAAAUCCAAUGUGUGCCAUGCUGUUGGGGGUCAUUUAGAACACACACACACACACACACACACACACACACACACACACACACACACCCUUCUGGGUCAUCUUGUGUUCUCUGAUUGGCACUGUGAUGAAGAUGGGAAUGAGGGAAAGGCCACUGGCAGAGAAGCACAUGGCCACAGAUUUCCCCAGAGAGUUUAUAUCAUAUGAAGUGAAAACCUCUCUGGAACUGCCAGGUUCAGAACAUCAGCUGAGACAAUAUCAUUUACAACUCAGUGACAUGCAGAGGUGAUUUCAUCCUUAAGACAAGCCUGUCUGCUGUGGAUCAUGCUGUAUGACCUGCCUAGGCAGAAACUGCUAUAGAUAAACAAUGUGUAUAUUCACUUUUAAAUCCACACUUAUUGAGAACCCGUCAGGUAUAUGUGGUCAUAACAGACAUUUGUGAUCCUCCCAGCCCAUGGCCUUGAAAUGUCUGAACAAAUGUUAUGGGACCAAUGGCAUUUCUGAGACUUGGGCUUUGCCAUUUGAUAACACUGGACUUCCCAGGCUGUUGUAGUUUUAUGAUUGAUAUGUCCUCAUCCCAAGGAGCUUGGGUACUAUUUUCUUUCUGAAUAACCUUCUUGGAGGCCUCCGUGUACAUUCCAGAAGUUGCAUUUAUAGCAGUUCAAGAAAUGGGCCUUCUUCCUCUUGAGAUGCAUCCCUUAAGAAGAUGAGGUGCCUUGUGGGGUGUACUCUUUGGCUUUUUAUUUCCUCUCAUUUCUUUCUUCCAGCUGCUUGCCCUAAAUUGUAACCUGUGAAUUGAUUGAUAGAAAAAUAUUCUUUCUCCACAUUAGAUCUCCUGUAUUAAAUCUAGGAAAUUUUGAUCUUUUCCUUGGCAUUUCCCUCCUAGAGUCUAGCUCCAUCUGUUAAAGCAGUCUCACCAUUCAUAUGCUUACUCUCUGGGAUCAAGGAGAGCCAAGUGAAGCAACAAAUGGCCUCUCACCCCUGCCCAGUCUUUCUACCCGAGAAGUACAGGAGACACCAGCAGCACAAGUAGAGUCGGGGGGCCCUGGGCUGGAAAGUCACAUUGAAAGGCAACCUGUCUUCCUGUGAGGUGUGAUGAAUGUCAUGGCUGAUGGAGUAGAAGUGUUGGGGCGUAGAUGAAGUGCUCUGCCCUAGGGAUAGAUUAACAGAAGCAGCAAUUGAACACCCUUCAGAAUUAUCUAGGUGAGUACACCUGAGUAAAGACUCAGGCAGAACUGUGACAUCUUAGUAGAGGGACUGAAAGACAACAAAGAAGCAAAUAUGAAAAAGCAGCUCUUUAUUUAAAAAAAGAAAAAAAAAGCCACUUUUUUUUUUCAAAUUUCUUUUUAAAUCAGCUACAAACCCUGACUUAUCUUUACAUAAUGUAAAGAAAAAAAAAACUAAUGAAAAAAUUUUUUUCUUACAUCCGCUAUAGUUUUCCCCAAUUUAGGAAGUACACAAUCCUGUUGUCUUUAAAAUACACACACACACACACACACACACACACACACAUACACACAUACACAUCUUCCAAGAAAGCUGAUUCCCCUAAAAGAGAAAUCUUAUUUUUAAAACACUUGGGCUUUUCAGGCCAGGAAAUUAAUAAUUCCAAGUCCUGACCCAUUUUUGUAGCUGACAAAAAAAGAAAAGAAAAACCUAUUUAAAUUUUGUAUGGAUCCAUUUAUCUCUUAAAAUAUGCCAAAGCAAUUUGAGGUGGGGGUGGAAACUUAAGGUAUUUAUCUCUCUUGCUUGAUUCCCUCUUUAUAUAGUUCUAUCUGUCAAGAAAAGGGUAAAGAACUAUUCUUGGGCCAUUAUUAUCUAUGCAUUGUGUAGCCAUUUUGUAUGGUGCCUGCUUUGCUUCAUACUGAGGCACAGGAAGAAUGGUUGCUUUCCUAAAUCCAUUUCCUCCAUCAUAAAGGAGUAAAUAUUCAGCCUGAAUAUCUUUCCUCACCCAAUUAUUUAACUCCAUUUCUGAACUACUUUAGAAAAUGCAAAAUGGGAAAAGCUAGCUUUUCCUAGACAUAUUUCUUCUUCUUCUUCUUUUUUUUUUUUUUUUUUUUUGGUCUGUCUUGGGGGAGACUUAAAUAUAAAGGGAAAGGAAAAUCCAGUUCUGUCUCAUCUCUGUUUUCUGUUUGGGUGAUUGCGAUGCUCCCUUAGUAAUUGCAAAACAGAAAUUGGAGGCUAACAUAGUCAGGAUAUGAUGUAUCUACCUAACAUGUUCCAUUCCCUCAGAUACAGCCUCAGAGAAGAAAGGGGAUUUUCAUAAUUUAAAUGCGAACAAGAGGAAUGACUUCAUAUUUUCACCACCAAAUAAUAAAAGGGAGUUGAUAUUUUGGCAGCAUGUGCACUUCACUAACCCUGUGUACUUUCUGCUGAGUUUCUAGAAGGAUGUCAGCUGCAUGAACAAAUCAGGGUUACUGUGCCUAAAAAGCUUCAGUACCUCAGACCUCCCAUUAUGUAGCCAAUUGAGCCAGCAUGGAUCGUGCCAUCCGUCUCACUCAAGUAAAAAGACUGAACUGCAAUGAAUCCAUGAUGAAAGAUAUGUAGGACCCCAGAAACUAAAUCUUAUCAAUAUUUUACAGUGAAGUAGUAGCAAAAUCAUUUUUAAAUGACUUUCUUCCUUUUACUAACCAUUUAUUCCCUUGGGAAAGCUGAUGAGCAAAUUAUCCAAGAAUUAUUUCCUCAUUAAACACAGUUAGAAUAUUUCCCCUCUAAAAACCUGAAUUAUGUCUUCAUUCUUUUUCAGGAAACACAUCAAAGAGCAAAUAGAAUUAAAGAUGACACAUGAUUGUCUGAUUCUUUAGCAUGAAUAAGAUGAUCAUGUGGUAUAAUGUGCCUUAAGUGAAAAUUUAGACUCAGAUGUAAAACUUUGACAGCUGGAUAUAGUAUUGAAUAUUUGCAUGUUCUUGAUGCAGGGAAUUAUUUUGGGUUUUGUUUUGCUUUUUCUUUUAACCUACACUUUUAUCAUGACUCCAACAGAUUUGGGGCCUCUCUUUCUCUACUGCUAAUCAUGGGAAUAUGUGCAAUUAUGAGAUGUAUUUAAAAAACAAAAGGAAAGGAAAGGGAAAAGUUAGAUGUGUCAGGGAGAUGCUUAGCCAGAAGACAGUAGUUUUCUCCAUGCCACACAACCAAGCCUUUAUUUCAUGGCUUCGUCACAGGCUUUUCUCUUUCUGUGCCAUCACCUUUGAGAAAAUGACGGCACCUUCUCCAAAUCUGCAUCUUAACAGCUAGAGUAGAGUUGGCAAGACUUCCCCAGCUCUGAAUAUAGCCACUUGCCGACUCCGGCCUCUUUGCGAGACUAACUCAAAUCUGUGAUCUUCUGUUCAGCAUACACAUCAGCAAAGUGAGAAGAUGAGCACUAAAUAUAGGCUCUAUUAACUUUACUUUUAGAUUUACUGCCUUCAAAAAGUGCCUAUUCUGAGACACAUAAACGUUAUUCCUACAUAUGUAUGUACACACGGUACCCAGAGUCGUACUGCUCAGCCUUCAAAAGCAUACCAUCAGAAGGAGUAGGUGCUGAGAAGAGAAACCACGCCAAAUGGGAAAAAGUCACUUACAUCCAAUAUCCCCUUGAGUGGCUACCAUAGAAUGGGCUGCAAGCGCAUUCCCAGCGUGUUCCUUGCUGAUACAGUCACUUUUUAUUUAUAUCCCAAGAAUGGUGGCAUAUUGCUGAGGUUUCCUGUAGUUGCUCUGUGGAGUUGGAAGAUUCGGUCAGGAAAAAAAGACAUUUAAAUGAAUUAAUGGAUCCAGGUUUGCAUUAGGAUAUGUGUCAUCUGUGUGUUUUAUAAACUAAGCAUUGGUGGAUUUAGAGUGUCAGCAUGUUUCUUCUUCUUUUAUCUCUCAGGCUACCGGAGAAAACUAAAGAAAAGUCUUGGCUGUGGGAAUUGGAGGCUCAGGGGUCCAAAUGUCUCCGCCAGAUUCUUAGAGCAUUUUUACUCUGACUCCUAAAGAUAGUAGUACAUGCUAUUUGAUGGCUUUUGUUUCCAUAGUUCUGUCAGCGUCAGAAGAACUAUUGAUAAUUGUUACUAAAACAACAACAUAGCCUAGAAGAAUGGAUUCUAACCAGUGUUGGCAGCAGGAGAGGGUCCAGGUAGACAGGAUGAGGCAGACAGACAGUACACGACUGUAGAAGGGUUGAAGGGAGGACAUGAUUCCAAAAAAGAUUGUUCUCAAUGUGUCGUCUGACUCAACCAGCUGGCAGAUUACACUUGCCAAGCCGCUCCCUUUCCUUCUAAGUCAGUUGGCUCCAUAGACACUUUGAAUAUGCCUCUGUUUGAGGGAAGUGUGAUAUGUCCACUUAGUCUUUCUCCAAGGAGGCUAUUGAUGUCCUGAUGGUCCCAAAGUUUUCUCCCACCCCAUCCAGUUUCAUCAAAUGGAAUUAAAGGGGGACAAGCUCUGGAAGACAGAUCCAGUGUGCCAUUGCUGUCAGCCACCCUUGUGUUUUCCACAUAAGGAGCCCCUUACAUAACCAGGUGUGCAAAACAGAGCAGUGUUUAAUAAUUUCAGGAGUAUGACAACCUUUUUCAGUAACCAUUGUGUCAGGUGACUGGUCAAUUCUUUGGAGAAAGGUGUUACUCUUCACUAAAAAUGUCAACCUUCCUGUUGAUGUUCCUUUUCUGUUUUUACCUUGUCCAGUUUCAACCCUAGUCAUUUUUAAUUUGGGGGACAAUCACAUUUGAGUCCUAGAAGAGUUCAGGAAUCUCUCUGUAAUGUCAUAAAGGCAUUGGGUUGCAGAUGUCUUUCUCCUUGGAAAGAAACAAAUGAUCUGGAAAAGACCACAGCAUGGCCUUGCUUUAGAUCUCAAUCUGAUGAUCCUGCACUCACCCCCUAGUUAUGUAAGGGGCUCCUUCUAUGGAAUACAGAAUUGUGUCUGAGCGCAGUGGCAUGGGAUCUGUCUUCCAUAGCUUGACCCCCCAUUUCCUUCCAUUUGGUAAAACUGAGUUGGGGGAGAAGGAGAGAGAGUUUUAUUCAAAGGUUAAAAGAUGUUUGUAAGUGAAUAGAUCAAGUACAAGGAGGAGUAAGGAAGAAGCCAGGCUUUCUGUAUGCUGAAUGUAUCCACCAAGAGCAGGUGCUGAGCAGACAUUGAAUAGCCUCCCUGGCUUCAGAGAAAGACACAUAGAAAAUAUGAUUUUAUUUUCACAUAUGUGAUUUUGACAGAGCCAUGGUAUUCCUAAAAUGCAGGUGUCUGUCUGUUACUUUAUUUUGAGAAAGUUGCAUUUAUUCACUACGUCAUAAACCAUCACUAACACAUCCAGAAUAGCACAUGUGAUUCCUUAUGAAAAUAAGAGAAUAAAGCCUAUUAUAAGCAAGUGAUUUGGGUAUUUUCUUUUGUAUUUAUACAUUAUUCAACUAUAUUAAAACAUGAUUUUAUUUACUUUCUAUCAGUUUUUUCUACCAAUUAAGUUUUUCCAGUGCUCUAUAAGAAUAAAUUUGAAAUUGUAUUUUUUUUUUCUGUAAAAGAACUGCAAUGACUUGAUUAUAUUUAGAAAUCCAAUAAACUUCUUAUUACAUUCA